AGUUGCUGGUAUGUGCUAAGGUAAGUCAGUAAAAUAUGGAAGUCAACAAAAAUAUUCUUGUGGAUUCGGCUCUCGAUUUGGUAUCAUUUUUCAACAUCUUUAAAGAUGAUAUGAAGGACGAAAUCGGUAGACUUGCAGCUGAUUUGGAACGAUGCGUUGAGAAUAAUAAUGUCGAAAUUAUUCAUACGGGAAGUGGCUUUGAGCAACUUUCUUUGCCUCAUAUCGAGAAUUUUAUGCUUUGGAAUACCGACGCUGAUCACAUGAUUAUAAGAACUGAUGUAGAAGUAAUGGAAGGCUCGGGGCAAGAAACAUCGCAAUCGACACAAGCUGAAACCACCGUCGGAACUGAAGCAGGCACCAACAUAGAUGUGAAUAAUUCUGUGGAUGUACUUGACAAUGGAGCAGCAAACAAGGUUGACGUGGCUUUUGAGAAUAACUGUGAAAUAGCAGACAUCUACGAAAAGGUUGGCAGUGACGAAGUACACGUAAAAGCAGACAAUAAUAAUGGGGAAGUACACAAGUUUAUUAAAAGUUCGAAUGCGGAAGAAAAGAUCAAGCCUUCAGCAAAAGCGUCUGAAAGAAACCCAAAUCAUUCGUCUGCGGAUAUUAAUAACAAUAUCCAGUAUGUUUAUGACGGAUCGCACGCUGGGUAUGCCUUUGUCUCGAAUAAGAAGUUAACUUGUCCAGUUGAUACUGAAUCAAUACAGAAACAUUGCCAAGUAACUGCAGAAUUUAUUGAAAACUGUCGAACUAUAAUUCCUAUCAGUCGCACUACAAUGAUGGCCCUGAAUGAAGGCAAAAUUACUGGGCCAUCAUAUUCUCUCUACACUAACGGAGGGUCGUUCAAUAUUAGUCGCGACUUUGUUUACGGCUUGAAGUGUAACUUUUGGCCCUUACAGGCACAGGAAUGGAUCCAUCGGGAAAGAUCUUUUGCAUGGCCAAGCAAGGAAUUGAUAUCUGCUUCAGUAAGCCAGGGAUGUCACGUUGUUCCUGUUGCUUCUCACAAUGGUAAUUUAAGAGAAUUUGAGUGGAGAUUUUCCUUCUCGGUGGUUGAGUUAAAGCUGGUCCAAUCGAUGACGGACAAUCAAAAACUAGCAUACUCAAUUCUUAAGGCGAUUAUCAAAAAUGAAAUGAAGCAAAGAAAACUCGAUGUUUUUGUGUCGUAUCAUCUCAAAACCACACUUUUUUGGUUCCUGGAAAAAAGUGAUUUGAAAAUGCUGGAAAACCAGAGUUUGAAAGUAAAUAUUAUUGAACUUCUUGAUUCUCUCAUUGCCUUUUACAACGAUGGAUUUUUGCCGAACUAUUUCAUUCGUAAGAAUAACAUGAUUGCUCAUCGAUCCUCAGAAGAAAUCUUCAGUGUAUGUGCAGUCCUGAGAGACAUCAAAUCUGAUUUUACAAUGUCACUGUGUCGAUACAUCGAGGCCAACCAAUCUAUACCUGUGUUCUUUGAUGUCCCGCUCUCACAGCUUCUCAAAGAUGAUUCUAAGAAGUUUCUUCAGGUUUGUAAGUAUAAUUUUCUUGUUAUGGCAUUGGCCUAUAUUCUAAUGCGAUUAAGAAAGGGAAGUGCAGUGAAUGAAUCUGCAGUUGAAGAAGUGGUUUGCAAACUCGUGCACAAGGCGUCCCAAGAAUCCAAUCUUCAGAACUUCACUUCUAAAGAAAGCAGUUUACCUAACGAAGUUCCAACAACGACAAGUAUACUUGGGAUGAUAGAAAAGUCUCUAGACAGGGAUAAUAUGAAAGUCACAGAAAACAGCGCGGUGAUUCUUGCUGUCUUUAACUUGUUUUUAACAUUCCAUCCUAAUUCAAUGGACAAAAUUGGGUUCCCAGCUAAUUCCUUGGAAUUCCAAAAAGACCUUACAAACCCGGCAUACAUGGAGUGCUUAUUAUGGGCUGGUCGUCUUCAUGAAAAGCACUGUGACGUCAUCUAUGAUUUUGUCGUCAAGAAAUGGCUAAUGAAUGGUCCAAAUUUCCACACCGAAGAUGUACAGGCAAAAAAGCUGAUGAAACUCCUGAUGGUGAUUCUGGGCAAGCCGACCAAGCAAGCAUGUGCUGUUACAGGAUCGUUGCUUCGACGAAAGAUUGAAGGUGAAAGAUUCAUCCUUCUACGUGUUCUGGCUGAGUAUCUACUGCAUAUCCAUCUAGAGUCUUCAUACAUCGCUUUUCAGGCUUGUGGCUAUCUGAUGGAUAGACCAGUAAUCUCUGAAAUUUAUGGCUUCGUUAACUGGGGGUCUCGACCAACGAAGCUUCAUGCUGUCGAGCUUAUUUUAUCAAAGGAUGAACUGAAAGCUCAACUCUCUGAAAAAGAGUUUCACAAACUUGUUCAAACGCAGCAUGAUCUGAAUCAGCACACAUCCCAGCAUUAUUCACUUACAUAAUAUUGUAGGCGUAAUAGACCCUAAUUUCAUUAUAAUAUAUUUGAUUGAUUGGAAGAACGAGUUUACGAUCAAAUUUGUAACGUUGUUAACAGUAAGAUUGCAAAUUUUCGUAUAGAUUGCUCUCCAACUGACGAAGAUAUGUUUUUUUUGCUUCAUCCUUUAUGACUGAACAAUAAUAAUUUUCAAUGACUCAAAACUUGGAGAAGACAAAAAGGCGCUUAAAUGUACAAUAUUUUAUGUAAUUUUCAAACGAAUUUACCGAACCUGCGAAGAUUUAUUCAAGAAAGGCGAAACGAUAAUAGCGACAACAAAUAAACAAAAAUUAAAUCAUUAAAACAGUCAGAAACAAAA